AUGACUGAAGACGCCGCCGUCUCAUCCAUCCCGCUGUUAACCAUUACCAACGGCGAAUUCCAGGAUGGCUCCUUACAAACGGAUCCGUUGUUACAGUCGGAAACCUACAUCGGUGCUGAACCGAACAACGACGUACUGCCAAAUGAAGGAAAGGGGCCCAAACUGACUCCGACGAUGGCGAAGACUACUCUUGAGAUGCAGAAGACCGCGUUGGCGGCUGAGAUGUUUAUGUCGGUGCAUCAGGUGAAUGUUGAGAGGCCAAGCUUGUUGUCAGGGGAGUGGAAGUUUGAAACACAAAUAUGCCAUGUUGAUAGGCCAUCUGAGACUCCGCAAAGCAAAAAACAGAAGAGUGGCUCAAAAACAAAGGAGGUUACGCCUUUCCACUUCGACUCUGCCAAUCCUCCAGAAAGUGUGAGCUGGGUUUUGACUGAUUCUAAUGAAGAUACGUGGAAACCUUUUGUUGAUGGCAGCAUGGUUCCUGAAACCAAGAAACACGAAUGGGAUGCUGUCUUCUCAAGCGUCUCGAAGCUGAAGAGAGAGGAAAAACCAACAGGGAAAUAG